AUGGUAGCAAGUAUUCCUAGCCCAACAAUGCCAGAUAGCGAGGCACCAUGCACUUAUUCUAGUGGAAUUGAUUGUGCAGUUGAUUUGAUUCUCGCUUCAGAAAUAAGUGCAAUUCCAGCUACAAAAGCGAUGAUUAUGUCGGCGAAAAUAAUAAUGUCGACACAGUUCGCCACCAAUGAUAAAUUGAUUCAAGCUGGUACUGGUAGUGCAUCAACGACCGAAACCGCCCAAAAGCAUGAUCAUCAAUUGACGAGGGAAGAAAGAAUAGUUGAUGCUAUAUGCGAGCCCGUGGCUUUCAAUUGUUUAAUCGGCACGAUGCUCAUUGUUUCCUAUCGGCGAGGAAUACGAGCAAGAGGUUUGAAGAGGAGCUCUCAAGGAUACAGUAAUGCGGAGCUGAAAUCUAGACCACGUCAAUCACAUUUCGCGAAAAUAGACGACCCAAGAAUGUACCAGAAUUGGGGAUUACAAAUGUGA